AGUCUCUGCCUACACGGCGAAUCCGCCCCCAGGCUGUGCAAGGUUAGUUAGUGGUUGAUCGGACGUCGAGACAAGCAGGCUCUGGUAUAAUCAGCAGGGAAUCCGAGGUGCAUGGACAAGAAGUCGUCUCUUUAAUGGAGGGGUGGCCUGUUUUCUUCUUGUUUUGGUUCCAGCUCUUCCUCGUAACCCGGUCUCAGCUCUUUUUCUUCCCUUUUAUGUCCCUCGAAACGCCCACAUAUUUUACUAUUGUACAUACAGUACCUGUUGAUCUCCCGAGAGCACUCUCGAGACACACAUCACCACCACCACCGCCGCCGCCACCACCGCCACCAUGUCGAACAAACCAAUCUUUGUGGCCACGCACCCGAGAGCCUGCUCGACGGCCUUUGAGCGGGUGUUUAUGACACGGCGUGACAUUCUCAACUGCGUCCACGAGCCAUUCGGGGACGCCUACUACUUCGGCCCAGAGCGUCUGGGUGAGCGGUACGAGCAUGACGAGGAGGCGAGGAGGAAAAGCGGCUUCGCCAAUACCACGUACAAGGACGUCACGGACAACUUGAUGAGCCAAUCCAACAAGGAUGGCAAACGCCUCUUCAUCAAGGACAUCGCCCACUACCUCCUCCCGCCCGACCGGAAACCUGCCCGCAUCGCGCCGUCCCUGGCCUCGGACGAGGGCGCAGAGGUCAAGGUCAACGGCGGCACUGCGGCGACCAGCAGCGGCGCCGGGGCGGUGGCCAACCCGACCGUCGUCCCGCCCUCGCUGCUGCGCGAGUUCCACUUCGCCUUCCUCAUCCGCCACCCGCGCCGCUCCGUCCCCUCGUACUACCGCUGCACCGUGCCGCCGCUCUCGUCCAGGACGGGCUUCCACCACUUCAUGCCGAGCGAGGCGGGCUACGACGAGCUGCGCCGCCUGUUCGACUACCUCCUGCAGGAGGGCAUCAUCACCACCACCACCACCACCACCACCACCACCGACCCUUCUGCUUCUUCUUCUUCUUCUUCCUCCCGUGCCAAUGAUCAGCAGCAGACCAACGGUAACGUCAACGGCGGCGGGGCCGCCGUCAAGGUGACGGUGGUGGACGCCGACGACCUGCUGGACAAGCCGGCCGAGGUGAUCCGGGCCUUCUGCGAGGACGUGGGCAUCGACUACCACGACGGCAUGCUCAGGUGGGGCGACGAGGAAGGCCAGCGGCUGGCCGAGGAGGCGUUUGAGAAGUGGAACGGCUUCCACGACGACGCCAUCGGCAGCACCGAGCUGCGGCCGCGCCUGCAUCCCAGGAAACAACCGACAGAAGAGGAAGAGGACGAGGAGUGGCGGGAAAAGUUCGGAGAGGAGGGGCAGCGGGUGAUUCGCGAGUGUGUGAACGCCAAUGUGGCGGAUUAUGAAUACCUCAAGUCGUUUGCCAUCAAGGUAUGAUGGAAUGAAUAGGCGUUCUGGGGCCGGGUUAGAUCUAGAUAUCACCUUUCGACUAGAUGAUUAUUCCCUUCUCUGCUCCUUUCUAGGACAAAUGACGACUUGCUGCUUUCCUGCUGCUGUGGAAUGGGCCGUCUAUUUGCGCGAUAUACAGUGUACAAUACAAAUACAGUCCUCAGC